CAAUUAUGUACGAAGUUGUCAGUUGCGCCUUGACUGUCACAUAAGGUGGUCGUGCAGGCCCCACGCGGUGUGCUAACAGUGCCUAGAGGGUUGUGAGAUGAAGUGGCUCGUAGUUACAGGUCUGUUGGCGACCCUGCUCAGCUACGGAGGAGGCAGUGCUAUAAGAUGCACACCAGGCAAGGAUGCGUCGUGUUCUGUCGAAAGUGAAAAAGAAGUGCCGCCACCGCCUGUGGUGAGUCCUGUAAAUCAGGAGCCUGCAGGCAAAGAGCCUGUACGCCAGCAGCUUGCAGCCCAAGAUUUAGCUGCCCCGCAGCUCACAGUCCAAGAGUCAUCAGCACCGCCGCCCUUAGCUCAAGAGACAGCAAGUCAGCAGCCCACGUCCCAAGAGUCUGCAGCUAACCAGGUGGAAUGCCUCGCUGGCAGCGAGUGGUUCAGCAACUGUCACUACUGCCGCUGCUCCGAUUCCGGCAUCGCCGAGUGUCUCAGAGAGGAAACGUGCGACGACGGAGUCUUCGUGCCGCCACAGUCGGAGGUGAAUCCUGUGAAUCAAGAGCCUGCAGGCAAAGAGUCAGUAAGCCAGCAGCUUGCAGCCCAAAGUUUAGCCGCCCCGCAGCUCACAGUCCAAGAGUCGUCAGCUCCGCAGCCCAUAGCUCAAGAGUCAGCAAGUCAGCAGCUCACAGCUCAAGAGUCAGCAAGUCAGCAGCCCACGUCCCAAGAGUCUGCAGCUAACCAGGUGGAAUGCCUCGCUGGCAGCGAGUGGUUCAGCAACUGCCACUACUGCCGCUGCUCCGAUUCCGGUAUCGCCGAGUGUCUCAGAGAGGAAACGUGCGAUGACGGUGUCUUCGAGGAACCCCUACAAUGCAAGCCUAAUACGACUUUCGUUCGGGACUGCAACACCUGCGUCUGUCUCGAGAACGGCCUGGCGCUCUGCACAAUCGAGUUCUGCCGGAGAUCUGGCAGUGAUGUUUCAGUUUCAAAAAUACCUGUGGUGCCCUUCGGCGUAGAAUGUGCUCCUGGGACAAUGUGGAAACCGUUCAGCUGCGGUUACUGUUGGUGUUCCGACAUUGGUUAUAAACAAUGCUUCUACCACGAUUGCCACGAAAAAGCCAAAGAGACUGACAUGAGCUGUGCACCAAACACUACGUGGAAUGAUGGCUGCAAUACCUGCACGUGCUUGUCUAAUGGCCGCAAACUUUGCACAUCGCUAUUUUGUAAGGAUCACAAAGUGCCAUCAAAACCCGAGGUGCAUCAGAGGCCCAUUGGAGUAGAAUGUGCUCCUGGAACAACCUGGAAGAGCGGUUGCAGUGAAUGUCGGUGCUCCGAUAUAGGCUAUAGCCAAUGCGACCACGUCGUGUGUGAACAAAAAGUUAAAGAGCCUGAAAGGCGCUGUGCACCAGACACUACAUGGUUUGAUGGCUGCAACACUUGCUGGUGCUUUUCUUCGGGCCACUCCAUGUGUACCCAGAUGGCUUGUUUUUAUAAGAAUGGAACUGAAAUCGAUAUUUCUUCUCAAUUAAAAACAGCCGACAAAGAUAGAAAUUUUAACGCAAUGGUGAAGAAAUCAUCAAAAAACAGUACCAAGGAAGUGGUAUGUGUUGCCAACCGUAUGUUCAUCAAAGACUGCAACACAUGUUGGUGUAAUGAUGAUGGGACAGGCUACUUUUGUACAAGAAAAGUUUGUGUCCCCGAACUACCAGACGAAUCGAGCACUGAGGAAGAAAAACCCGAGCAGGAACUUCGAAUAAUUCACAAAGAUUGUCGACCGGAUGAAGUAUUUGAAUUAGAAUGUAAUAUGUGCCGUUGUAAUCCAGAUGGAAAGUCGUUUUCUUGUACAAGACGAGCUUGUAUCGAACAAGAAGAUGCCAAGAAUAUGACUAUGCUGGCCAGACGCGUGAGAGCUACUCCUCAGGAAGCGCCUAAAGCUUGCCAACCGGGCCAAGAGUUCCGGUUGGACUGCAACAAGUGUCUGUGCGACAACGAAGGCCAGGAUUUCUCUUGUACUCGGAUUGACUGCAACGCCCUCAACAACAACAACAACGGCGGGGGCAGGAGUAAGAGAGGAGCAAGCGAUUUGGACAAAAUCUCAUCAGAGUGCACACCAGGCUCCGUUUUCGAGAAAGAAUGCAACACGUGCCGAUGUACGACAGACGGUCACCACGCCAUGUGCACAAACAAACGCUGCACGACUGAAGUUAAGCAGACCACGGACAAUGAUGUCCACAGUACCGAGGCGGACCCUGGAUUCCGCUGCGACCCAGGCGAGCAGUUCAAAAAGGACUGCAAAGACUGCACCUGCUCCGCUGACGGCAAGAGUUACUUCUGCACACUCCACCUUUGUGACGAAUUCAUCGCUCCUGGCGUGAUACAGCAGCCGGUGGCAGCCUGGUUGAGUCCCAAUAAGGUUCCCAAGCCACUAUCGCUGGCGAGGAGGACACAUCCAGGAGUUUUAGUGGCUACCUUCGAAAGACUUUACAGAUUAGGGGGACAUGCAUUAGAACAUGCAUUAGGGGGACCAAACCACUACAUUAGAUUUGAUAGACCACAGAUCCUUGCAGCUGAGCGGCGGUUCGUUCCUCGAAUGAUGCGCGAGGCUAUUGAGAUUAAAAAAUAUCCAACUUUCAAUAGGGAAGAUGUAAAGAUUCAGAAGAAAUGCGUCCCCACCACUGUGGUAAGGGGACCCUGCCACGCGUGCGUGUGCGACGUCGAAGGAGUAUACCAGUGUAAGGAGCAAAGCUGCACCCAGGAUGCGCACAAAUAUGACUCCAACACCAGCACCAAGAGGAUGGAAUGUGUACCAAAUUUAAUGUUCAGAGAAAAUAAUUUGAUUUGCACAUGCACACACAAAGGAUUUUGGAAAGCGAAAGAGUGUCGCAAAAUAUUCAACCACAUACGCGAAGAAAAGAAAUUCACAGUAUCAUUAAACAAAAUCGACAGAACUUGCAAGUCCAACUCUCUAUACCUGAUAGGCUGCAACAUUUGUAGAUGCAGUAAAAGAGGCCUGAUAGAAGCAGUCUCUUGCACAAGUAGACCUUGCACCAAAGGACACAAAGUCAAACCUUGUUCCUUCGGCGAUAUUCUUAGGACCAAAGACGAGUUGUGUAGUUGUAGUAACAUAAACGUUUACACCGAUCGCCUCUGUUUAAAAGUUGACGAUAGAAAGAAGCAGAUAAUAAGUGAAACUGCUUUGGAAUCAAUCAUAUCUGUAGGCGAUGCUUCGUCCAGAAUUCAGGACAUUUAUGACAAGAAAUGUAUACCAAAGACAGUACUGAAUAUAGAUUGCAACAGGUGUGUGUGCACUGAGAAGAAGACUUUGGCGUGCACAGAAAGAGGUUGCGUCAAUCCGUCGAAAGCCAUCAUGAGACUCAAAGAAUCGUAUUCAAAAUUUUUUAGCCUGCCAGUUCUGAAAAGUGAAGAUGACAAAUGUACUCCAGGGCAGAAGUAUCGUUUUGAUUGUAACACGUGCACUUGUUCCUCGGACGCAGUGCCGAUUUGUACAACAAUGUUCUGUUUGAAAGAUUAUAACCGAAGACAUCCUAUAAGGGAAUCCGCUGAUUUUUCAUGAAUACGAUAAAUUAAAGUUUUCUUUAUUUUUAUGAAUGAAUUGAGUGAAACAAUGAUAUCUGCAGGAAGGUUCAUCAAAGAAAUAAUUUUACAUAUUUAUCUCUUAUUUCGAUUUUCUUUUUUAUAUUAUGGUAAUCAAAUGACUCUACCCCACUUGAAGUUGAUGUUAAGUGGUGCUAAAGUCCAGAUGCGAAGAUGAUGACUGGGGCCAGCAGUUAUGAACUGCCACAACAACCAUCCUCACGUUGCUGGCCUGCACAAAUGCUUCAACAUGCUUGUUUAAAGGUUUCCGGCUUGUAUGAAGGAGGGAAUACUAGUGCGGAUAAAGAAUUUAAAACACUGGCCAACCGCGAGUCUAGCCUCGCUCUAAAAUCUAAAUCAGUUUUUUUAAACGAAGGCAACAUUGCUUCUUACAACGAACUUACAAAUUUAUCAUAUACCAAAACUUCACUUUCCUAACUAGUUACGAUUUUGAGAUAGACCUAAUAAAAAUAGUCUAAAAAUGUUAACGUUGACUGGCCGUCCAUUUCUUUGUUAUUGUAAAUAAAAAAAUAUAUUUCUAUAGAAAUAUGGUUGGUUACUAAAACUUAUAGGAAAGGCAAAGAAUUUCAGUUACUAAUUCAUUAAGGCAGAUUUUUCUAAAGCUCAAUGAACACAAAAAUAAUUUGCAAAACUUAUGGAAUUGAAUAACUAUUUAUGAAUGUUUACUUAAAUAAUAAACACCUAGUUUAUUCAUAUAAAAAUUAAAUUUAAACAGUAUAAACCAACUAUACUUAUAUAAUUAAAAAAUACUAUUGACUGUUUCAUAUGUUUUUUUUUGAGUGUGUAUUCUGUUGGUCGCAGAUGACCUUUACAGCCUCACCGGGUUUGGGGACGGCGAGAUCCUAAGGAGAUCUCAAGGCGAGAAUUGGCAAUUGCCUCUUGAGGUAUACUUGAGGAGACCACUUGAACCUGAGGGGGUCGGCUCAACUAGAGGGCAUCUCUGAGACUCGGACCUCAGCUCUAGUUAGCCGUUGUCGUGGGGAGGCUUCAUUUGUGUAUCACUGGCACCUUUGUAUUGCGGUUAACAUUUAAAGAGAUUUUCUCAACUCUCUGAUUACAUUACAUACAAUUGAUGAUUGGAAAGCAAACUUUUGGAAAGUACUGAAAGCGUUGACUAAUGUCAUUUCUAUAAUUUCAGUUAACACUCCAGUGUCAAGUGACGAUAUUACUGAAAUAAAAGACGGACAGAGCUGUGUGCCAGGCAAGGUGUAUAAACUGGAAUGCAACACUUGCGAAUGUGGUUCUAACAACGAGCUCAUCUGUACUAAAGUGGCUUGCCUCAAGAACAGAGCUAUUACAAAAUUGGCAGGAAAUCUAAAAUCAAGGAAAGCCAUCAAUGCGGGAGAUGUCGGAAAAUCUGUGCAACUACCAACAUUGCCGAAAAAUAAAAAAUGCACACCGGGAAAAGUGUACCAAGACGGUUGCGAUACAUGCGUAUGUAAUAGUGAACAGGUACCCAUGUGUGCCAAGAAAGGAUGCAGAUCAAAACUUUCAGUGUUAAAAAAUUCAUCAAUGUUGAAGCUAUCAGACGUGCGACCCGAAGUGACUGAAGAUGAGGCCAAGAAACUAACCAAACUACCGAACUUCGCCUCCCGUUGCGAACCAGGAAAGACGUUCCGCGUGGACUGCAACUAUUGCGUGUGCCUGUAUAACCGCAUCUUGGUCUGCGACACGACACUGUGUCUCAGUGUCGAAGACAUGAAUAGAAUCCAGGCGAAAAAGAGCUCAGGAAAGCCAUGCAAAAAUGAUAAUGAUAUAAAGAAAAGCACUUGUGUCAAAUGUUCUUGCGUUAAAGCUAAAAGUGAAUGUAAGCCCGUGAGCGACUGCAUACCAGAAAGCAUAAUUGAGAGUAGAAGAAUACACGGGAAGCUGGACAAGCAUAACCCAAGCGUCGCACUGCACUUGGAGAAGAAAGAGACUUGUAUCCCCGGAGCUGUUUACAAGGACAAAUGCAAUAUGUGUUAUUGUCAAGAGAACAAAUCACUGAGAUGUACGCAGAAGUCUUGUCUCAAUUACGUAGAGGCUGUAAAGCUCCAAAAACAUAGAUUGUAUUUAGAGAAGAAUGGACUUUAGUGCAUCGCAAUUAAAGAUCAUUCUCGAUCCGACAAAACAAUGGAAAAUUUCUGAUCUGCAACGGAUAUCAAUUAGAUGAAAUCACAAUAUGAAUCAAUUUAUUAUUUCGAUGACGUCAACCAAAGAUGUCAAUUGUUAAUUCUAAGGCCAAAUACCCAAAUUAUCUCAAAUGUUAUGGAAUACAAUCAACUUAUUGAUAUUUGAAUUUUGAAAACAGCUUUUGCAAAUUUAGAAUUAUGUAUAAAGAAUUUAACUGACAAUACGCAAAACUGCACUUUGAAACUGCAUUUCGCAUUUUUUAGUUAUUACUUAUUUACCACAGCAAUUUUUAUCCAUAAGAUUUUUUUUGUACAUAUUUAUAGACCAACAUUUUGUUUGACGCUAGAUAAGAGAGAACGCGAGUUGAGAGACAUUUGAGAAAUAGGUAUUUGAAAAAACUAUAACUGUCGCGCAUUGGUCAAUACUAUGUGAUAGGGACAACAGUAGAUAACGCUGAAAAUUGCGUAUAAAAAUUGCAAAGGUCGAGGUUUGGUUCUCGACAAUUUCCUCCUCGAAAAUAAGAUAUCGCACGUCACAAACAAAAGGGUAUUUAUUAUCUUCAAAAACAGUGUUUUGAGAUAUCGCGUUUUGAAGUUUUAAAAAAUCAUAGAAUCGGAACUACUUGUUCAAAUGUUUAAAAUGAUACCUUGAUUUAAACGUACAUUACUAGUAGUACUUUCUUUGUGUUGAGUAAGUUUAGUUAGUAUCAAUAGUAGUUUUUAUUUUAAAAAGGACUUUUAUGUGACUGGGUAAAGAAAAUACCCUAUAAGCAGUUCAAAUGGCUCACGUUAAAAUUAAAACUAGUAUCAUUUUAAAAUAAUUUCGCUGAAAAUAACAUAUUAAAUAAAAUCGAACAGGCCAGAGGGUAUUAUUUUAAAUAAAACUUCAAACUUGUAUUAAUCCGAACGGGCAAUAGGAUAUUAACUUAACAUAAUACUGUUUACAAUACUCACAAUCAUAAAUUUUGCCUAUAUAUUGACGACAUGUGUUGCUAUAAUUCAAAAACUAUUUCGAAUUAAAAUACAAUUAUCUUACCAGUUUAUAGAGAAAAAAAUGUAGUUUACGAAACGCAAAUAAAAAAAUGGUUUUGCCGACUUAAUACCCUAUUGUUUCUGACGUGCGAUAUGUGUAAAAGAAAUUUUACCCAUAGAAUAAUAAGUAGUUGUACUAGGCCUCUAUGUUUUGUUUUUUCGUAAAUGCUUUUUCAACCUCCACACUAGACGUCUUUAUUAAGACAAAAAUUUUUGGAAUUUUUGAGUGCUUCUAGUUUCUUUGAAAAUCAAGUUAUUAAAUAAAGGAAGUCAUAGGAGCAUAUAAUGAGUGAAAUUAUAUUUUAUGUAUGAAAAUCCUUUCUUUAAUGUUACAAAUCAAGGAGGAAUCAAUCGAAAACGUUUGUAUGGAAAAAUCAUUGCCAGCCUCCCAUCUCAACCAAACGAUAAAACAACUUUGAUUAAUAUUUAUAGCGUCAACAUGAAAGAUAUAUAAUAAUUUUACAGUUCAUUUAAAAGGUAUCCGAAGAUAAAGCGACGUGUCAUGGACUCUGAUUUUAGUAGAUAAUUAGAUUAUUAUAUAUGAAGUUAAUGCUGUAAAUGUUCAGCAUAUACAUACAGGGUGUUUCAAAAAUACAAAUAAAGCUUGAAGGGCGUUAAAGUACAUCAUAUAAGGAGUCUUCUCUAAUUUUCUUAAAAUAUUUGCAUGAAGUUUUAACUUUUUAUAAAAACAGUUAUUUAUAAUGAUUAAUAAAAAUAUCGAUCAUUUUAAGACACAUCACUAGUUCGAGGAUCAUUAAAAAUAACUGCUUUUAUAAAAAGUUAGAACUUUACACAAAUAUUUUAAGAAAAUUAGAAAAGACUCCUUAUAUGAUGAACUUCAACGCCCUUCAGGCUUUAUUUGUAUUUUUGUAACACCCUGUAUAGCAAAAAAAGCAUCUCGAUAUUAAACUGCUCUGUCGAAUGAAUAUCUGUGUUUUAUUUUUUA